CCAGUUUUUUAGCGGAGGCGGAAAGUAGAUGUUAUGAGUUCAUAGAUGUAUAAAUAUAAUUAUACUAACAAAGAUUAUUUUGUGACUAUAAUGUUGUCGAAAACCAAUUUUAUUUGAAGGGACAAUGAACGAUAUCGGCGCCGAAUGUUCAGAGGCCCUUGACCCAAGAGUUCAGAUUGAAUUAGAGCGUCUUAACACAGCAACAGAUGAGAUAAAUCGCUUGGAGGUUGAAUUGGACGAGGCCCGCUUGGCUUUCCGCCGUCUGCUUGCCGAGGGCCACCUCAGAAUCCAGCAGUUGACUAAGAAACUUGGCACUAGUGUUCACAAAGCUAGACCAUACUAUGAAGCUAGAUUUAGAGCUAAUAUUACCUCUCAAGAACUGCAGACAGCUACCAUCGCAUACGACAAAGCCAACAGUGCUCAUGCUGCGGCCAGAGAAAUGGUGUACCUGGCAGAGCAGGGACUCGCGAGGCUGGCCGAGGGCUCCGAAGGUGGGGUCACCCUCGACCCGGCCUGGCAGGAGAUGCUUAACCAUGCUACUCAUAGGGUCAACCAGGCGGAGUGCGAGCGUGCGCACGCGACGGUGACGCAGCGCAGCCGCGCGGCCGCGCACCGCGCCGCCGCCGCGCUGGUGCAGCAGCUGCAACACGGGCUUAAACGGCACAUCGCUAAAUCUCGGCCAUACUUCGAAGAGAAAGCCCGCAUCAACGCGGCGCUUGAGCACCAGAAGGCCAGGAUUCAAACCCUGGAGGAACAAGUAACGGAGGUGAAGCAGCAGUACUCUUCAGCGUUGAGGAAUCUUGAGAGGAUAUCUGAUGAAAUACAUAAACAUCGGUCGAGAAGGCAGUCGACUAGGAACGGGACGACCACGCCCACAGAUAUCGCAUCAACCAUCACUGAUACGGCCAGCGACACAAACACGACGACCAGCGACAAACUAGACGAGUUGUGCGACCAUAGUGUAGACGCGAAUGUCCGGGAAUGGCUGAGACGGACGGCGGACGCGAGCCGGACCGGCCCGGAUAACGAUAAUUGGACGGAAAUCGAUUUGGAUUACUCAAGUCCUGAAGAAGUCAGCUUCGAGAAAUGCUCGCUCCGCCCCCGGUCUUCGCCCGACAAGUCCUCCCCGCCGAGUCCCAUGGAGUCCAAAGUCUCCGCGGCCUCCCCAAGGCGGAUUAUAAGGUCCGUGGACAGAAACGCCUGUCUUAAGGCGGAACUUGAAAAGGGGAGGAGGCCUAGUUUGGACGCAAUAUUACACGAUACUGGAGAGAAAAUGAAGGAAAUGUUUCAAGGUUUAUCUCUGUUCGGCGAGCGGCGCGGGUCGACGUCGGCGCCCCGCUCCCCGCGGCGCGCCGCCUCGCCGCGGCAGGGCUCCUCCGACGGCCACUCCGACACCGACAGCAGGGCCAGUGUCGAAAUGCUGACAGACGAUCAAAUAGCUUCUCUCAUGCUGGACGCUCAACUCGAAGCUGUAUGCGAGAGGCUGGCAGGAGUCGCGGUAAGGCAACCCAGGUCGCCACAGUCGCCCGAGGCACGGUAUUGAAUAUAAUGCCAAUAUCUCUACGUCAUACGCCGUUAGCCAAUCACAGCGAAGUAUGCCAAGCCAAUCACCCAAUAGUGGCGAAGAUACUAAAUCGCGCAAGCAAAGUUUAACAUCGUCUCUCACGCGGUUCUCCAGGCAGAAAAUCUAGCCUGGCGGAAAAUCUUCCGUUUCGCUUCAAAAUAAGUAAUUCAUCCAAGUUAAAGGGUUUGUAACAAUUUUAAAAUGAUAAAAGACCAACGGAAAACACAAAAUCUUAAGUUUUGUGGCGCAAUUACGGUUUCAUCGCAUAUAGCCAUGGUAUAUUCAAACUUAUGGCUACAGUUUAAAGGUUAAAAUUCAAGCAAAUCACCUAAAGGUUGAAAGUCUCUUUGGACAUUGUUUCCGAAUAAAUAAAUCUUGUUCUGGAAUUAAGAAUUCGAAUCAAAGAAACUUUAGCCGCUGUUGCCUAAAGUUAGGUAUUUGAAUCUUACCAUUAGUAUCAUAAGGUUGAAAGUCGUCUGGAAACGAAAUAAUUACACAAUUUUGUGUCGUUGCAGUUGCUAGUAGUAGUAAAAUGUAAUUAUCGUUUGACAGUUGUGAACGUCAUUAAAUUACUUAUUCGUAUCCAGAGCCGUAUUAAAUAUUUUUUUAACAUCUGUCAAAUGAAAACAAAAUUUAAAAUACUCGUUAUUUAAAAAUAAUAUAAAUAAAUGCGUUAAAAUGUCAAUGAAUAAUAAAUCUUUAGGGUGUUGAAAAUUAGAUUUUUCUUAAAAUUAGAUUCUAGAAGAAAGGAGCACGGAGGAAUGUUUACUCCUAAUUAGUGGAAAUACUACUAAAAUAAUUAAUAGUUAUGUGAUACAAGGUUUAUUGACUUGAUAUUAGGAUAUAGUAUUGUACGGCGACUUUCACAUGCGAGCCGAAAUUAACCAAAGAAUUUGCAUUUGAUUCGGUCAAAUAUAAAAUAAGUGUUAAUAUACUACAUAAAAAUUGUGUAUCAUCUUGCCUUAUAAAAUGUCAGAGAUCUCUGAAAAACAAAACUCUGAAACGGAAAGUGGGAAAAUCGCGCGAACAUUUGUUAAAUAAAUUUUGAGUUUAUUUCACCAAUGAGCAAUUGUAUUGACGUGUAUUUUUUUUUUGUUUCAAUUACAAAAAAAAGCGCACGCAUUUGGUGCUACGAUAUUUGGUUAAAAUAUUGAAGCUUCAAAUAGCAUGUAUGUUCUCCUUCAGGGUCAACUAAGUAUAUGUCUGUACCAAAUUUCAUUAAAAUCGGUUCAGUGGUUUAGGCGUGAAUGCAUAACAGACAGAGUUACUUUCGCAUUUAUAAUAUUGGUAGGGAUUUACAUUUAUUUCUAAAUUGAAGAGUUUUCUCAAGGCGUGAAAACUUUGCCAAAUCUCUUAACAAAGAGGUUACAUAAAAUAAAACAAGGGAUUGUGGUACAACUUAGGGUGUCAAAGAACGUAAUAUUUUUGCCAAUUAAGACGCAAGAUAAUAAGUACAUUCCAAUAAAAAAAAUAUAAUCAUAAAUAAUUGUAUUGUAUAUAUAAUAUUCAUAUGAUAAUUAUAAUAUUCAUCAUCCUCUUACGUACCGGGCUAUGUCGUUCUGUGUUUAAAAAAAAUAUUAAUUUUUUUUUAAACAUGUCUGAUUUUUUAUCACAUAGGCACCUAUUGUGUUUUGUCCAAUAUAAUUAUAUUUAAUUUUCCAAGCAACAUUUACAAAUAAAAAAGCAGUUUACAAAAAGGCAUACACAACAUGCUUUAUCAAAAUAUUAAGAAAAUAAAUUCUGUUUACUAUUUAUGACAGAAGUAUUUACUCAUGAAUCAUUUUAAUAUAUUUCACAUACUUAGUAUUUAAAGAAAAACGAAGCCUAUCUGUAAGCAAUAUAUAAAAUUGUUAAUCAAAAUUGUGAUUUAACAUACUCAUAGUGUAAUUUAUAAUUAAAACCUAUGUAUAAAAAUAUUAAGCACAACGUUAUAAAUAUCACUAGAUUUCCCUCGCGAUACUUAAAUAUUGUAAAAAAAUACUUUUUACGGGGUGAAAGAUACUCAUCCUUCUCAGUACUCUUUAUCUAUGUGUGUGUGAUAUUUCAUGAAGAUUGGUCUAGUAGACUCAGCUGACUCAAUAAGACAGAAUCGCAAACUUAUAUAAUAAAAAAUAAAUACAUAAAAUAUAUAUUCUCACUAUAAACUUUUGUCGUAUGUAAAAAAAGUAUGAAAUGCACCGGCAUACAAUAUUUUGGUAACAUAUCAUACAAGAAGUACAUAUAUUUUGACUACAGUCAUAUUAAUUAAGAUCAAUUAAAAAUACAUUGCUUUAUUAGGCGUAAUAGUGUAAAUGGUUUCUUGCAAAAUUCGGCCAUUCUACUUUGCGCCGCUUUGUAAAAAAGUCAUUAUUGAUGUUGGCAAUACCGCAUGGUCCUAUCAGUAUUUUUAUUAGUCUAUGCCUGUACUAAAUUACAACAAAAUAGGUUAGGUUGAAAAGUGAAACUGAGAGACAGUUACUUUCCAGGUUAUAAAGAUCAAAUGAAAAUAAACUAAUUCGCCACUUUAAAAAAAUAUGAUGAUGUUCAUGAUUGAAAUUCUAGAAUAAUACUCAAAUCAAUUAUAUUGCAAUAAUAUUUGAUAAUAAUAUUGUUUUAGCCAUGUUGCCGUCUUAAAUAAUGUAGGGUAAUAGCCUAAACUUGCCUACAAAUUAACAUGUUUUAUCUAGACUUUUUAUGCGCGUAUAAUUUGUAGGAUUUUUAUAAAUUACUUUGAAAUAACAUGACAUUGAAAAUAAUUAUAAGUAGGCAUGUGAAGCAUUUACUGAUUAGAAUCAAGUUUAUUUAUUUUUCAGUAUUAUCAUUUAUUUUAUAUAUAAAAAUAUUAAAAAUUAAGCCAUUGUAAGUGAAAUUAGAAUAACACGUAGUUAAUUAUUAUAAUAAUACUGUAACUUUUUAUCUUUGAUCCCUAAUCACGUUCAGUAAAAGUAAAUAAUUUAUUAGAUUUACCAUCUGUAUAAGAAUAAAAAUAUCUAUAAAAAUAAUUGUUUUGUAAUGCAAUUCGUACAAUAUGUAGCAAAAAUCCUGUGCCGUUCCCAAAGGUGCCGCGAAGCUUGUUACGUUUUAUUUAUCGAUUUCUCGCAUUAAAAUACAUAAUAAUAAACGAAAAUUUACAUGACAACACUUAUUUUUUUUACUUAUUACUCUUAUAGUAACAUUAAGGUAAUUUUCGGAUCUGAUAGGAUUUUUUUACAUAUUGUUUUAUUUCAUAAUUUGUAAUCUUGCCCCUUUUUGUCCAAAUUCAGACGUUAUAAACAGAUUUAUUUGUCUUCCAUUUAUGUGUACACAUUACAGUUAAAAAUUUAUUUAUUAAAAUAUGUAAUAGAAGAGAGAGUUUAUCUGAUGUAAGGUAUUAAAAAAUAUAUUUUUAAUUUAUUAUUUCUACCUCUUCGGCACAGUAGCGCCUUUGCCUCUGAACCCAGGUCAUGAAAACAAACAAACUUUGUCUUUAUCGACCUGGGUCUUAGAUUUUUAUCAUAGUAUUUACUUUAAAAUAUAUUAUCGUUGAGUUAGUAUCCCUUAACACAAGUCUUGAACUUACUUCGAGUCUAGCCCAAUCUACAAUUCGUACCGUAUAUUUAUUGAACUGUGUUUAUUAAUUUUAAUUAUAAGUUAAAUAAAAAAUAUGAUAGUAUUAGACAAUGCUUUCUGUAAUGAAUACGCUUAUAAAUGUAUUAUAAAAAAAAAUCGCACAAGUUUUUUGUGACGUCACAAAUUCUCUAUCAUUGUAAUUAUUAGUAAUUGUAGCAAAAAGGAAGGAUCUGUGAUCUAUUCGAAAUGUUUUUGCUUAUUAGGCGUUCAUAACUAUCGGUUAGGUUAGAAUCGUCUUAACAUUGUCAGAUAAAUUUAAAUGGCAUAAUUUAAAUCUGAAUAAAAUAUUUUUCUUUUGCAUAAUAUUCUUUUUGCAUAUUUUGUAUGUAUAAAAUGUAAUGUGAAACAGGAAUUAUGUACGAAAAUGUUAUGUAAUAUUCCAAUUAUGUCAUUGAAAUUUAUGUCGCCCGUUUUGGCGACAUUGAUCUUUUGGUGUACACGACACAAUGCUAAUUUUAUCUUUAAGGCGUAUUAAGUUGCUACGAGUAUAUUAAUAAGUAGCGCUUAGAAUUUGUAAUUUUUAGUACAGAUUUUUAUUUACGCCCGUAUUAUAUAAUGCGAUUUAAUUUACAUUUUACAAUGCGAUUUAAGUUAUAUUUUUCAUAUCCAGAUUAUCUAGUAAAUAUUAUUUUCAUUUAUUUUCUUUUUUUUGUUUAAUUGCCGAAUUCAUCACUUCAAUACUCAUUGUUUCUCAAACAGAAAUCUUUUAUAAUUUAUAGAUGAUAGAUACUAAUGUCACAAUUUUAACAAAAGUAUAAAUUGAUUAAGGCAUCUUCUAUGAAAGUAAACAAUUUAUUAUUAAUUUAUUCAAGUCUAAUAUUAAUCAUACUGAUGUGUGUAUAUUUAUUACUCAUUACAUAUUGGAACUACUUUACGGAUUUGCAUAUAGUUUUCCAGUAAUUAAAAAGAUAUUUGUGAAAUUUACAACUAUUUAAAACACUUAGAAUAACAAUGAGACGCCAUAGAAACUGCGCCAUAACAAAGUUGAAUAUCUGAAACCCUAUAAAUUAAUUUAAAAAAAAAGCAUUGUUUAUUUUCACAAGAUGGCCGCCAGUGAUAGCUACAAGACAGCUUUAAAACGAUAUUAUUUUCGCUGUUGUGAUAUUUGUACAAACGUUAGCCAUACACGUAGAUGUAAGCACUGAAUGUACAUAUUAUGUGUUACAAUUCUUGCCUUCAGAUGAAUAAUAAAU